AUGUUAUAAGUUUAUCUUGUUAGAUAUGAUUGUUUAAAAAUACAGUAACUCAUUCCUAAUAGGAUCUUUUGCAUUCUAUUUUAUGCCAUUUGCAUUAUUGAUUUAAUCCUACUUUUAUUCUCAUGUUCCUUUUUCAUUCUACCUUUCUAAUAAGAAGACAUUCAAUAGCAAUUUAUAAUUGAAAAAGUAAUUUGUAACCAUUUUAUAUAGGAAUCUACUGAUUGGACCCUUAGUUUAUAAUAAACACAAUUUGGACGAUAACCUAUUAUAGGAUAACUCAAUAAUUAACAAUUUGCCUUUAUCCAAAUUAACUAAGAUCCUUAUCUUAACAUUGAAAAAACUAAGCUAUUCGCUAAAACAAAUUUUCAUGAAUUCUUUGGCUAUAUUGAUUAUAAGUUGCCUAAUUUGAUGUUGCCUAAAGUUUACUGUAUGUAACUUUAGAUCUUAAAACGAUAAACUUAGAAAAUUAUAAAAAAUUUGCCGCAAUGUAAAGAAUCAAAAGGCAUACCAAUAACUCCUUGGUUUUGGAAGGGGGAGAAUAUAUACUAUUUAGCAGAAAUGUGUUUCAAGAUAUCAAUUUAAGAUUAUCAAUUAUAAUUUGAAGGAGGGUGCUUUGAAGAUGGGUUGAUUUAUAAAAAACUACAUAAUGAUGAAAUAGCAAAUUUUUAAAACUUAUCAAUGUACCUUAGACAUGUUGAUGAUCCAUACCUACAUAGAGUUUAAUUUCCUGGAGAACCUAUAUAAACAGGUAUAUUAUCAUUGAAUUCAUUAUAUUAUUCCUUCUUAUUUGGGUGUUCAGGUACUAUAUACUUGAUAUUAAUUUACUUAAUUUUGUCAAUAAGAAAAAGGAAUGAAAAUUAAUAUGUAUGA